ACACCUCUCUUGUGAAAUACUGAGGAUGACUUGAAGAAUGUUCUUUCAUAAAGCAUAUCCUCUUGAGCGCUAACACACUGAAUGAAGUGGACCUAAACUUUAGCACCAUAGAAAAGACCUUUCUUAGACGUGUGUUCAGGAGCAACACCAUGAUCAAAGUGAUGAGUUUUUCCUCUGGUGUGAGGACGCGGCAUGUUUUUGGCUGGGUUUCCAUCAUCUGGUUCACUUCAGCAGUCAGCAUUGCUGUCAGUAAUGGUUUGGAGCUAAAGACCAUUUCCCAAGUGGCUGCACAGUGUGGAAAAAAUGUGACACUGACCUGUGAGGCCACAUCAUCAGAAAAAUUGGAUAUUCAAUUAUUUUCCUGGCUGGCUAUAAACAAAACACAAUUCAGCAGAUGUCAAUAUCAACACAAACAACAUGACCCCCAAGUUCUGUGUGAAAGCAUGGCUGAGACUACCCACCAUAGACUCAGUCUGACUCUCCGCAACGUGAUGCCGACCAACCAGGGAAGAUACCUCUGCAAACUAAGAACCACUCAGGGAGUUAAAUCUGACAAAACAGAUGUUACAGUAGAAGACUGCUUUGGGAGUUCUGGUUCCUCCAUCAAUAACUCUCAUGCUGAGUGCUGGUUCAAGGGAGUUUACCCCAUUGGCACCGUCCACUGGUUCCAGGAAGAUGUUGACUUAACGGACUCUGCCAGCACACAGGAAGAGCAGGACCAGCAUGGAUUGUACAAUAUCCUGAGUACAAUAGAUGUACAGGAAGGAAACCCGAGCAAGCCUUAUAACUGCUCACUGUGGAUGCCUUCUGCCACAAAGUAUAUCUCCACUCAAUACCUAGAGAUACCUACGUUUGAGGGACCAGGGUCAUCGGGAAGCAUGGUCAAACUGCAGUGGUUCUGUAUGAUUUUGGAAAUCAUGAUUGUGAAAUUUAUGACAUAAAUGAAACAAACAGGUCAGGUUUUGAUUUCUGGUUUGUUUCCAGAUUGUAUUUGGAAAUGUUGAAAUGUGAAAAAACAAAAACAGAAAUCAGCCAAUGAUCGAGGCAAGAUAUUUUUAUGGUUUAGAUGCGUUAGACUAUGUUUUAUCCAACCUAAUGCAUGCUGUUUGUAUGAGUUGUUGUAGAAAGCUGCUGUUGAGUGGGUAAGUUCGGUUUUUAACAUGUCUGUCUAUUUUCUUGCAUUUGAGAGCCAAUGGGAAAGUGUCUUCUCUGGGAAGACAGGAGUUUGUGUUUUCAUGCUCCUAAAAAACAGAAUGUGUCACUGAUUCGUAACUGGAGAGGAGGAAGUCAGCCGACUAAUUGUUUGGUUUGACUAUAAAUCUGAAAGUGUAUUUUGACGCAAAGGCACUUUAAAUACAAACUUCCCCACUUGACAGCAGCACAGCAUUCAUCAUGUUUUAACAAAGCUUUCUAAGAGAGUGUAUGUUUGAUUGGGUAGUGCAUUCUUUUCUACAGAAUCUCACUGAUUAUUUGUUAUCAUUCAUAAGUAACUUUGAGAGUAUAUACUAAGUCUUGUUUUACUGGUAGUUUUUUGCACACUGUAACCAGGAAAAUUACUUUUUAACCUUCACUUCAUCCCGAUGGCCAGAAGGAGGCAGUCUUCCCAUGCAAGAAGGGUGAGGACAACUGAUUUAAUGUCUCUGCACACCUCUUGCAUAUUGUAAAAUAUUGUUGCUCAGUAUUCUGAAAUUAUUGCAAAUACAUGAACACUGGAGGAAAGGAAAUCUGGCCUCUCUUACUAGUAGAAAAAUUGCAAAGAUCCUUAAUGUAAAUGGCUUGGCAGGUACCUAAAUGGCAAUAAAACAUCUGAAAAACUACAAUACAGGGAUUAGAAUGAAUGGGUUAGGGUCAUAUAAGGCAAAAUGUGAUAUGUAAGCACAUUACAAAUGUGUUUGUAAGAUGUGUUUUUCAUUCACAUUUAGCUCGUGUGUGGACACUAAUCUGAAAUACAGCUACUGAUUAUAUAAAUCUUGUCUACACAAAGUGUAGUGGAUAUUGUGUAUUGAUGAUUUUUUUUAAAUGCUUUGUGUUUAUGUUACAUAAAAUGUAAUGUAAUAAAUUUCAUGUAUGCAUUGAAAAAAA